GACACAUUACCCAGAGAAUGAUGGUCGUCAUUAAAAACAGCACCUUGUGGUGGGACAGCACCUAACGGGGCACCUUCAGACUGACCAUAUGGCAGCCACAGAAGCUGAGAGUCCCUCGCGGGAGCAGUAAGGAUCGUCACCACCGGGGCCUUCUGCUGAGGUGGAAUCGGAGCACCUUUUCUCUGCUCUGUCACGAGGUGCUGAUAUGUAUACAAGAUGAGCAGUCUAGGAGAGAACUCCUUGGAGCCUCUGUGCUCUGACCGAAAACGCAAGCUGUCCACAUGUGACACACCUGGGUUGGGGUGUGACAAGAGGCGUCGAGAGCAGGAGAGUAAGUACAUUGAGGAGCUGGCUGAGCUGAUCUCGGCCAACCUAAGCGACAUCGACAGCUUCAACGUGAAGCCAGACAAGUGUGCCAUCCUCAAGGAAACGGUGCGGCAGAUCCGCCAGAUCAAGGAGCAAGGAAAAGCUUCUUCUAAUGAUGACGACGUCCAGAAAGCCGAUGUCUCCUCAACCGGACAGGGCGUCAUCGACAAGGACCACCUGGGGCCGCUCCUCCUACAGGCCCUGGAUGGCUUCCUGUUUGUGGUAAACCGCGAGGGCAGCAUCGUGUUUGUGUCGGACAACGUGACCCAGUACCUGCAGUACAAACAGGAGGAGCUGAUCAACACCAGCGUCUACAACAUCCUACAUGAGGAGGACCGAGAGGACUUCCACAAGAAUCUGCCCAAGGCCAGCGUGAAUGGUGUGUCGUGGGGCGAUGAGGCGCCGCGUCAGAAGAGCCACACGUUCAACUGUCGCAUGCUGGUGAAGUUUGGCCACGCCCAUGGACAUGGCCCCUCGGAGGAGACGCCGGGCGGAGCGCCGCGCUACGAGAUCAUGCAGUGCUUCGCCCUCACACAACCCAAAGCCAUGAUGGAGGAGGGAGAAGACCUGCAGUCCUGUAUGAUCUGCGUGGCCCGGCGCGUGACUGCCAUGGAGAGGAUCGAGAGCUUCAACACCAAGCACGAGCUGUCAGGGAAGCUGAUCCAGAUCGACCAGAACUCCCUGCGGGCCACUAUGCGUCCAGGCUGGGAGGACCUGUUGCGCAGAUGCAUCCAGAUGUUCAUCCAUCACAGCGACGGCCAGCCAUGGUCCCAUAAGCGCCACUAUCACGAGGCCUACCUCCAGGGCCACGCUGAGACCCCCCUGUACCGCUUCUCCCUCUCCGACGGCACGCCAGUCACAGCUCAGACCAAAAGCAAAAUGUUCCGCCACCCCAUCACCAAUGAGCCCCAAGGCUUCAUCUCCACACACCUCCUCCAGAGGGAACAGGGUGGCUGUCGCCCGGGCCAGCCAGGUGGCAUGAUGCAGGGGGGCAUGAGGCAGCAGGGCAUGGGCAAUGCCAACCCCAACGCCCAGAUGAACAUGGGGCCUGGUGGGGGCAUGGGGAUGGGCGGCAUGGGCAUGAACCGAGGCUACGGGAUGAACGAGCAAGGCCACAUGGGUCACAUGGGGCAAAUGGGGCAGAUGGGCGGCGGGUACGGGGGCAACGCAGGUCCCGGAGGGGGCAUGGGCAACAUGGGCAACAGGAUGAUGCAGAUGAACCAAAUGAAUCAGAUGAAUCAGAUGAGUCAAAUGAACCAGAUGAAUCAGAUGAGUCAAAUGAACCAGAUGAAUCAGAUGAAUCAAAUGAAUCAGAUGAAUCCCAUGAAUCAGAUGAACCAGAUGAAUCAGAUGGGUCACCCUGGGCCCGGCAUGCAGCAGGGCCAUCAGCAGCCGCCAUUCCAGGCCAGUGGCGGCUACGGCCUGGCCGGCAUGAACAGCCCCGCCGGCAGCCCCGGCAUGAACGGGCCGCAGCAGAGCCUGCUCAUGUCACCGCGCAACAAAGGCAGCCCCAAGAUGGGUGCCAGCCAGUUCUCCCCGGGAGGCAUGCACUCCCCCAUGGGUCCAGGCAGUGGAGGCGGUGGCCUCGGUGGAGGUGGAGGUGGAGGCACCACGUCCUUCUCCAGCAGCUCUCUGAACGCGCUGCAGGCUAUCAGCGAGGGCGUGGGGGCCUCUCUGCCCUCAGCGUUGACCGCGGCCUCGCCUGCCCACAAACCCGACAGCUCCCCCAGCAUCCACUCCUCUUCCUCCUCCUCUGCCGUUGCUGCUGCGGCCGCUGCAGCCCAGUCCAGCCAGGCCUGCAAGCCUCCAGCUGCGCCAGGCCACGGUGACUCCAAGAGCCCAGGGGCGGCCUUCGGGUCAGGGCCAGGGGACCACCACCACCCCCUGCACCACCACCACGGCCACCCCACGCACCCUAACGAGAGUGGCGGGUCCGAGCGACCAGACAGCCAAGCCGCCGGGGGGAACAACAAGGAGCCAGGGCCGGAUGGGAGCGGAGAGACUGGGGCCUCGUCCACAGAGGUGCCUAGGAGAGUGCCUGAUAGUAAGGGCCAUAAGAAGCUGCUCCAGCUGCUCACCUCUCCCACGGAGGAGCUCGGUCUCGGGGUGGGAAGCGGGCCGCCGGGGCCCCCCGGACCCCCAUCGGGGCCCAAUGCCAACAACCCGGCCGGCAUUGAGGGCAAGGAGACAGGCGGGUGCAUGACCAGUCCCUCCUCCACAGGCGUCUCCUCGUCCUCCUCCAACCCCGCGAUGCCGGGCGGCGGUGGACCGGGCUCGCUGGCUCUGGGCUCAUCCCACUACACGGCCUCGCUGCAGGAGAAGCACAAGAUCCUGCACAAGCUGCUGCAGAACGGCAACACGCCCGACGAGGUGGCCAAGAUCACCGCCGAAGCCACCGGCAAGAUCCCCACGCCGCAUGAGGCCGCCGCAGCAGCGGCAGCAGCAGCAGCAGCAGCAGCGGCAGGAGACCUCAGCGGGGUUGCUGCUGGUGGUAUGGCCGGGUCGGGGACGGCACCUCUGUCAGGGGCCGGAGGACCAGGAGCCGGCGCGGCUGAGUCAAAGCAGGAGCAGCACAGCCCCAAGAAGGAGAAGACCCACGCGCUGCUCCACUACCUCCUCAACAAGGACGAUGCCAAAGAGGCCGCUGACGUCAAGCCAAAGCCUGAGGAGCUGGAGGGGAAGGGGCCCCCCGGGGCCCUGGGCUCCGGCCCCGCAGCAGAGAGCAUGGAGGGCAAGAUAAAGUCUGAACCAUCUGACGAGCUGGAUUCUUUCCUGGGAUUGAAGAACUCCGGGGAGUUCCACCCAGAUCAGGGCAUGGGAGGAGUAGCCGGUGAUGGAGGAAACAAGCCACAAGGGUUUCCUGACGAUGGUGCACAAGGCGUUAGGAGCCCAGCACUCGGGCCAGGUGGCAGAGCCCCCUUCCAGAGAGCCAUGUCUGUGGACGGGAAGUUGGCGGGCGCCGGGGGAGUGGCGGGAAGACGGAGUGCCCCCUGCCCCAUGCCCAUCAAGCAGGAGAGCCUGGACGGGCAGCGUAUGAUGGGGACGCCCGGCGACUUCCCCGGGAACAUGGGUGUGUGUCCGCGAGGCGUUGGAACAAGAAUGAUGAACCGCGGCAUGUCAGUUCCACAGAACUCCCCCAUGGGGGGGUCUGGGGACUGGAUGCCCCACUCGAGUGCCAGCCCUGUGGGCUCGGCCGGCGGCCCCCCCUCCAUGGUGCGCCCCCCAGGCAUGGAAUACAACCCCAAGGCUAUGAUGGGAGGCCACAUGGUCAGCCGAUCCAACAGCGUGCCUGGCACCAGAUCCAUGCUACAGCAACAGCUCAUGGAUAUGGGUUCCAAUGAAAUGAGUAUGGGGAUGAAUCAUCAGUUCAACCCGCAGUGUCCACCCAGCCAAUCACCCUCCUGGUCAGACAAUAUGAUGGACAACAACAGGCGUCAGUUUGGGAGCAGUCUGGAUGAGCUGCUGGUCCCUCCGUCCACUAGUGAGGGUCAGAGUGACGAGCGGGCUCUGCUGGACCAGCUGGACUCGCUGCUCAACACCGACGUCAUCGCCCUGGAGGAGAUCGACCGCGCCCUGGGCAUCCCUGACCUCAUCAGUCAGAGUCAGGGACCGGAGGCUCCAUCCGAGCCUUUCCCUGGCCAGGACCCUUCUAUGGUAAUGGACCAGAAGCCCAUGUAUGGCCAGGGCUACCCCGGCCCCCCUUCCAUGGGCGGCAUGCCCGCGGGGUACGGCGGCACCCCCAUGCAGGGCCAGCCUCCGCCGGGCGGGUACGGGCCCAUGAUGAAUCAAAUGGGCCAGCAGGGCAGCUUCCCUGGCAUGGGGGGCGGCAUGGCGGGCAUGGGGCCCAUGGGGGGCAUGGGACACCCCCGCGCCAACAUGAUGAGGCCACGGAUGAUGAGCGCCACCAAACCCAUGAGGCUGCAGCUACAGCAGAGACUACAGGGCCAGCAGUUUAUGAACCAGACUCGACAGGGCAUGGGCAUGAAGAUGGAGAACCCUGGUGGAGGCAACCCAGGCAUGAGGCCUGGCAUGCAGCCUGGCAUGGGCAGCCAGGGCUUCCUGAACGCUCAGAUGCUGGCCCAGCGCAGCCGGGAGAUGAUGACGCUGCAGAUGCGCAGGCAGAGGAUGAUGAUGCUCAUGCAGCAGCAGCAGCAGCAGCAGGCGGCCGCAGCCGCCGCCGCCGCCGGAGGCUUCAGCCCGCCACCCAACGUCACUGCUCCCACGGGCAUGGACGCACCCAUGGGCGGACCCCCUAUGGGCCAGGCCGCACAACAGCAGUUUGGUUACGGAGGGAAUUAUGGUAUGGGCCAGCAGGGUGAGCCCUCAUUUGCACCGUCUGGUUCUAGUCCCCCCAAUGCCAUGAUGUCAGGCCGCCUCGGUCCUCCACAGAGUCCUAUGAUGCAACAGCAUCCACAGGGAGGCCCCAUGUACCAGACGGCCGACAUGAAAGGCUGGGCCCAGGGAGGCAUGGGUCGCAAUGGGUCGUACGGACAGCAGCAGUUUGGGCAGCAGGGCAGCGGGGGGCAGUACGGCGGCAUGAUGAUGAACGGGGGCAUGGGCGCUAAUGGCGGCGGAGGGCACAUGGGCCAGAUGCCUGGCCAGAUGAACAUGAACCCAAUGAUGAUGAGCCGGAUGCCCAUGGGCCCAGAUCAGAAAUAUUGCUGAGACAUUCACACGUGCUGUGCAGGAAUGGAGACACUGUGAACCCCAAUAUAUGAGAGACUCUGGUGCUUGCAGGCCGACAUGACUAUCUACCGGGUCCCUCAUCUGGAAACAUAUGGCCAGAUAACACACACACACACACACACACACACACACACACACACACACACACACACCUGUUUGUAAAUCUUAGACACUGUGACUUUCACACAGCAGAGACUGAAAUGCAGCUGUAUAUAAAAACACAUACAUACAGAUGUAUUGCCAUCAGUCUUCAGAAGCUAUCUCUAGUGUUGUGGGGUCUUCAGUCUCUUGACAAUGUUUCUUAGCGUAUGGAGGAGUCACAGAGCCGCCGUUCCUGCUGGACCAAACAAUAUGAGCAGGACACGUUUUAACUGAAACAGCCCCUAUAUACGAAAUGACCCAGAGGAGAAAGUAGCCUCCUCAUUCAUUUUAGAAUGUAUAAAUGUUUUGCUGUGUGUGUGACCAGCUCGGGGUUUUGUGAAGGCACACCCUGUUUUUUUGGUGCUGGGUCAAGGCACUACACAGAGACACAGAGAGAAAUUAAUUUGGCGUUGAUUGCACUUUACAGGGAAAAAAAGCUGGCUCAUGGCAAAAAGGAUUGUUGCAAUAUUUCUCUGUCAUUUUUAGCCUUAUUGGAGAAUGAAUCAGAGUUUUUUUUUUUUUUUUUUAAAAAGGGGUGUAGUUUUCCCUCUCGGUAAUGAGGAUGUCUGUUUUGAUUUGGGGGAAGGGGACAGGAAAAGAUGGAAAUGCAGAAAGCACAGAGUUUGUCUAGUUAUGCAGAUGUAAGCAAUAAUCUUCCCCCUUGGCUUUUGUUUUCAACAAAGCAUUAUGUUGAGCUUCAUCUACUCAAAGGUACUGCAGUAUUAGAUGUGAUGUCAGGAUUGGAGUUUUUCCCUCUCGUCUGUGAAUACAAAUUGUAAAUAGUCUUAAAAUGUACUAUAUCCGCUUUUGUAGGUCACAUACUGUUUUUGCACAGACUGUAAGUCUUGAUAUUUAAAAGUAUGAUUUUUUUGGUCUCUUAUUCCGUGUUGUAGGUCAAUACAGCUUUCAUUGUCAAUAUGUCAAAACAUGGAGAAAGUGGACGGCUGUUUUAAAAUCAGAAAGGCAUUUUUUCAACUUCAACUCUGUAAACUACAACUUCAAAAAGCCACCUUUGUAUCCCUUCGGAAGGCACUUUUUAUUUCUGAUGUUUCAAUAAAUCAUUUUUUUUAAUCAUCCAACAACAGUUUCUGAAAAUAGUGCAGUUUCAAAUGGCAGUAUAGUGUAAACGCUGAAUCAAAGAAUCUCUUUUUAAACAUUGAAUGAUGAUAUUUACAAAAUCUAUAUAAAUCUAUAUUGAUGGAGGACACAACGAGUACUUAAGUACAGUGAGUACCAGCAUUGAGUUUGCCAUUAGGCUGGAGGUUGACUAGCAAGUAGAUGUUUCUGCUGGGGGAUAGUAGUGGGGCUUGAGGAGGGAAAUCCAAAAUAAAUAUUUUGAAGGACCUCAGAUCCCAGGACUGUCUGAGGAAUCACACCAUUCCGAACUUGUAUCCUCAGUAACUUAUUAGUUUUGUUAUUUGAUUUUUAUUUUGUCUGAUGUGAUCUGAUAUAGGAAGCAAUGGAUGAAAAAAUCAUAUUGCCUUGAAUGAAUAGGUUUCAUUUUUUUGGUCUCCAGGUCUGUUGGGACAUUUGAGGGUGACUAUUUUCUCUCUUUUUUUCCCUGAAUUUAUAUUUCAUUUCUUGCCUUCAUACUUGUUUGAAAAUAUUUUUGAGGAACCUACGAACACAGACAAAAGGCAAAAUCCAAAGAGAUUUUCUGUUGUAUUUUCAACUGCAUAAGUAGUUUUUGGAAUCAUUGUCUAAAUGUUGAGAUUGACUGGUGUGAAAAAGGCCCAUAAAGACUUGUUUUUUUCUAAGAUUUUCUUUUUUCACUUAAAUAAUGUGCUCCUGUCUUGAACAGAGGAGAUUAAGCCUUUUAUGAUGUGGAUUUCCCCUGGCUCUCUUUUAGGUUUGUCGAUUUAAAUAUUGGUUAUCUGUUAUGCGUUGGUCAAAAGGGUUCUAAUUAUUGUGGAGAAGCUGAGCUGGAUUGUAAUUUUAACAAAACUGGUUUGAUUUUUACAGAGGUAUUUCACUGAAAUGACUGCUUAGAAUUCAAAAUGGUCUGAUGUUUUUAUUUCAAAGUGAAUACUGUAUAUUCAAGAAAGUAGAAGAACAUUUGUUGUCCCCUACAGUCCUUGUUUGGAAAAAAAAAAAUCAAUAACGAGAAUGGAUUGAUAUGGUUGAUCAUUAAUUGAUUUGAAGAGUAAGAUAAAGACCAGAAAAAAAUAUGUGGAAAACAUAUUUCUACUUUGAGGAUGUAAAUUACUGUUGCGUUUAUUUCUUGUUCUUCGAUGUUAAUAUUGAUGUAAAUACAAAUUUCUAUUUAAACAUUA